CGACCACGACACAUCGCGAUGCAGCCCACAGUGACCUAACCGCCGCCACCACGCCCCGCCGGUGAGCAAGCAGUCGCCGCCGCCCCUCUUCCCCCGAAGCCUCCCUCCCCCGCACGCAUCCAUUCCCGGCCGCCUCGCCGACAUCUGAAUCUCCUCCCGCACACCACCUGCUUCUCCUCCCGCGCGCCGAGCUCCGGCCACCACCGUCUCUCCGCCUCCGUCCUCGUCAAUCUGCACCGCGGACGACCUCGUCGACAGCCCCCUCGCCCUCGCCCUCAAGCACAGCCAGAUUCCCCCAUCCCGACCUUCUCCUCGACCUUCUUCAGCCGGUGUCCUACAGAAUCAACCUCUUCUGCCCCGACGUCCUCCUCCAGGAGCUCAAGAUCUGAAAAAGGAAUAACAUGGCAACAACACUUAAAGAUGUGGCGACGCGGAAACCUGUUCUAGCGACAAUCCGUCUCUUAGUUCCCGCUGGAGCUGCCAAACCUGCACCACCCGUUGGACCAGCUCUCGGCUUCUACAGGCUUAAUCUGAUGGCAUUCUGCAAGGACUUCAACGCCAGGACACAGAAGUACAAGGCAGAAACUCCGAUGCAGGUCACUUUGACUGCCUACAAGGACAGCACUUUCGAGUUUGUGGUCAAGUCACCCUCGGUUUCAUGGUUUCUCAAGAAAGCAGCAGGCAUUGAGACAGCGAGCAGCCGCCCGGGGCACAGCAUUGUGACGUCUCUCUCGCUCCGUCAUGUCUACGAGAUCGCGAAGCUGAAGCAGACCGACCCGUUCUGCAAGCACAUGUCGCUGGAGGCCUUGUCCAAAUCCAUCAUCGGCACGGCCAAGUCCAUGGGCAUCGAAAUUGUUAAGGAUCUGGACUAGCCUCAAUCGUAGUUAUAUUGCUUUGAUCUGCGACUGUCUGGUCUUAUCUGACCUGGACGAAAGUAGGUAUCGGAUUUUUCUUUUGAAGGCUCCAUCCUUGGAAAUCAUCCCCCCUUUUUCUUAUUCAGGUUGUACGUGGUACUUUUUCUCAAAAAAAUGCAGCCAUUCGGGGAUGGUUGGCUAGUAAUAAGUUUGAGCUUUGCGUGAACUGUCUUCUGGAACAGAUAGAUGACACUCAACUUCUUGUCUCACUGGAAAUUGUAACUUCAACGCCUUCCAUGUGAAGAUGUUUGCUUAACAUUGUUGCACUGAAUUCUGUUUUGGGUAUCGUAGGCUUGAAGUUAUAAUGCUUUUCUCCACCUACUGAUAGGCGACAGGACAUAAAGAUGUUAUUUCAGUGGUGUUGCUGCUUGACCUUUUAAUAAUUUUAAAGGAAGAUAUCAUGGGUUGUAAUUUUAAAUGAAUUUACUCCUACUCUUA